AUGUCUCUCUCCGGCAGAACGACACUCAUCACUGGAGGCGGCAAGAAUCUCGGAGCAUUGAUUGCCACGCUCUUCGCCGCCGAAGGAUCGAAUCUGGCGCUGCACUACAAUUCCGCCUCAACACAAAAGGCGGCCGAAACACUUGCCGCUGACCUCUCGUCCAAGCACAAAGACAUCAAGGUCAAGAUCUACCAAGGGGACCUUACCACUGCGACAAGCGUGGAGAAGCUAUUCAAGAGUGUUGCGGCAGACUUUGGCCCUCAGCUCGACAUUGUGAUCAACACAGUGGGCAUGGUUCUCAAGAAACCAUUGGUCGAGAUAUCCGAAAAGGAGUAUGACACCAUGUUCGCCAUCAAUUCCAAAGCGGCCUUUUUCAUCACCCAGGAAGCGGCCAAACGGGUCAGCGACGGCGGCAAGAUCAUCAAUACCGUGACGAGCCUCCUCGCGGCGUACGCUCCGUCUUACACUUCCUACCAGGGGAGCAAGAGUCCAGUCGAGUGGUUCACCAAGGGCUUGAGCAAGGAGCUGAUGCCAAGGGGGGUCAGUGUGAACGCUGUUGCCCCGGGGCCUAUGGAUACGCCAUUCUUCUACGGCCAAGAGAGCCCGGAGGCAGUCGCCUUUCACAAGUCAAAUGCCAUUGGCGGCCGGCUCACGGACAUUAAAGACAUUGCUCCCAUAUACAAGUUCUUGUGCACUGAAGGGGCCUGGAUCAAUGGUAGGUGGAACAUGUUCUCCAUCCCCGGGCUUUGA